AUGUGCAAGACAGCAGAUUGGAAGCGUGAGGUCGUCCCCGACCACAAGUUCGACUUCGUCGACACGCGAGAAUUCAGAGACAACAGCUGUGGUGGACGCCUGAAGUACCUUUGGCUCUAUGUCGGCGUCCUCAUCUCCUUCCUCGUCUAUGUCUCCGACAUAUUCACGGCAGUGACCAUGCUCACAACAACAUCCUGGUCCAACGCGAUCUUCAACAGUUGUCCCGCCGACCAAUCUAACGGAUGUGUCUACAUCCCCUUCGACGUCGGCCGUUGGCUCUUCUUCGGCUGCGUCGUCUUCUCUUUCCUCCUGCUUGCGUACGAGGCAUACAAAGCCAAGAAGAUCAUUCAGAGCCGCGACAUUUCGUACGCAUUCACCAAUGUCAUGGCCAACAAAUACUACUCACUCCGGUCUUACGACCACUUUUGCUUCUUUAACCACAUCGCCGCUUCAACGAAGCGAAUGGACGACUUCGCGUUCUUCGUCUUCUUCACGUUCAAAAGUUGGAAGCGCUUGCUCUUCGCCGACGGUCCGCGUCAGUCUAUCAACGCGUUGACCUUGUACGCGUUCUACCUCUCCAAGGAGGAUGACGGUCCGUUCUGGCAGGUCAGCAAGUACUUCGACGGCGACUACAUCACCUCUGCCCUCACGGUGUCGACGGCCUUCACCGUCUUCGUCUUUGCCCUCUCCCUGCUCAUGCUCAUCAUCGCCGGUAUCUGCUACAUUCCCCUACUUUGCCACAUUCAAGGUAACCUCAAGGAAUACUGCUGCCACAAAGUCGACAAGCGUAUCACGGAGAUUAUCAAGCGCAGGAACAAGCAGCGUCUUGCCAAGGCUGCCGCCCUCGCGAAGAAGGAAGCCGCUGGCGACUACUCGCAUCUCAAGAACAAGAAGGGCGAGCUCAUUGCCAAGCCUCUUCCCCAGCCUACCCUCCCGAACGUCUCCAUCGACGACGACCGCGACGACGUCGCCUCCGUCCGCACUCGUGGUCCUCCGGCUAGUACGAUCGGAGGACAGAGCGAUUUCUACUAUGCGGACUACAAGGCACCCGUCGACUAUGGCGUGGAGUACCCCCCACUCGACUAUCCCCCUAUGCCUGCGUAUGCUCAGCAGUCAGGCUACCACCAGUACAACGGCUCGGUCGGCACGCUGCCCGACUCCCCGCAGAUGCCAUACGACGACGAUCACGCAAGCCAGGUCCACCUCUCGUCCGCCGCGGCGCCGUUCGGCCAGACGGACGACCACUCGUCGAUGCAGCACAGCGCGUAUGGCGGCUACGAGUCGUACGACCGCCGCUCACCGAGCGCUGCACCCGACUACCGUUCCCAGAGUACUGCGCCCGACUACCGCUCCCAGAGCACUGCUCCAGAUUACCGCUCGGGCGCGGGGAGCGUCGCUCCCGACUAUCGCUCUGGCAGCGUAGCGCCGGACUACAGAUCGGGGAGCGUCGCCCCGGAUUACAGGUCGCAGAGUACCGCACCCGACUAUAGGUCGGCGAGCACCGCGCCGUACGGGCAGCAACAGCAGCAGUACCAGGGCCAGGAGUACCCGAACCCGUACUCGCCUGGCCCGCACCAGAUGUUCCAGCCCACACAGCAUGGAGGGUACCACCCGCAGCAGCAACAGCAGCAGGAUCGGCAGAGUGGAGGCAGCGACGGCUAUGACACCUACAGUGCCGGACACGUUCAACAUGCUAUGUAG